AUGACUAGUAAUAGGAACUCAUCGAAGAUAUCUAACAUUGAAAGGCAGGAUGGAACAGUUAUCCAAGAUAUUGCUCAGAUAAAAGAAUAUGUGGUACAAUACUUCCAGGAGUUACUUGGUGGCAACAACACUCAAAAUACUGGGUUGAUCCAUUCAGCUAGUAGCUAUAUCGAAAGCAGCAUAACAAUGGAGCAAGCCAAUUGGAUGUGUAGAGAGGUUAUAA